AUGGGUAACUUUACAUUAUCCAGCUACGCAGGCGUGGGACAAGCGAACCUGAAGAAUUUAUCCGUCAGCCAGACUGCCCGCGUCGGCAACCGGCUCGAAAUCUCUGGACAAGGAGGCUGGGAUCCAAGAACGGGCGUUGUCAUUGAAGAACUGGGAGCUCAAAUCGACAAGGCUUUCGAAAACGUCGAUCUGGCUCUGAGGGAUGCGGGAGGUGCUGGAUGGAGUCAGGUUUAUCGAGUGAGGUCUUACCACCUUCCACUGGGUAAAGAUGCCAUGGAUCAUAUGGUCCGGAAUUUCCGACAUUGGAUGCCAAAUCAUCAACCUCUUUGGACUUGUGUUGGUAUCUCCCAACUAGGUGAGGAGGGUAUGCAGGUUGAGAUUGAGGUGGCUGCGCUCGAUGAGCCAAAGGCAUGA